CGCGCGAAUGUCGAAAUGAUUUCGCAUCUCGCGCUCCUGAUCGGCGGCGCCUCUGCGCUGCAGCUGCGACCGCGCUGCGGUCACGUGCGCUGCGCCGGCGAUUACGAGGCGAAAAAUCCGCUCAUCUCCCUCCUCGGCACGCUUCUCCCCAGCAAGGGCGGCGAGGCACAGCAGACAGCGGUGGAUGCGCUUGCGGACAUCGACUGGGAGUCGCCCAAGGCGCGCGGUCUCUCGACGGAGCAGAUGGCCGGCCGAAUCGACACCGGUCUGCGCGAGCGCGGCUGGUUUGUGACCGGCCGAGGGAUGCCGGAGCUCUUCAGCGACAGCUUUCGCUUCUCGGACCCGGACGUGCAGCUGGACGGGUACGAGCCGUACUGUCGGCAGGUCCGCCGGCUCUUCAAUCAGGAGACUUCCGCCAUGGAGGUGGUCUGCGCUGCAGCCACGGGCCCUCGGGCAAUCACGGUGGUCUGGCGGUUGUCGGGCGGCGUUAACCUCGGCGCGUUUGGUGUCGCAAUCAAGCCGUACGUCGUGACCACCACGCUGGAGACCGACGCCGACGGCCUCGUCUCUGCCCAGGAGGACCACUUCUCCAUCCCCGGCUACGACAUCCUCCUCUCUGCGCUGCUCCCGCCGCUGCGCCCGCUGCUGCAGCCCGAAGCCCCGCCCGUGUCGGUUCUCGCAUCCCGGUACGACCCGCUCACGUGCGAACCGCUCGCGCCCACGGCUUCCGACGAGGAGGAGCCCGGUGUGGCGACGAAGGGCGUGUGGUUUGCGACGGAGGCAUUCGGAAAGCUCGCGGCCGCGGUCAAGGGGCCGCCGCCGCCGCCGCCGCCGACGGAGCCGCCUCCAAAGGACUUGGACGAGGCGAUCGAGCGCCUGGCGGCUGACUACGAGGGGAGCGAGGGGGACCCGCGGCCCUACUUUCUCACCGGCGCGAUGGACGUCGCGCUCUACGACGAGCAGUGUGAGUUCGCAGACCCGUUCGUCGCGUUCCGUGGCCGCGACCGCUUCGUCGCCAACCUCGAGAACCUCGCGGGCGGCUUCAUCACCGAGUCGUCGACGCGCACGCUCUCGUCCGAGAUCGAGCGGGGCGACGCGGCCGCGGGCGUGCCGCCGUCGUACAAGACGAAGCUGCUGGUCAAGCUGCGGCUCGGCCUGCCGUGGAGCCCGGUGCUGGCGUGGCCGUGGGGCGUGGAGCACGUCUUCGACCCGGCGACUGGCCUGGUCGUGCGCCACCUCGAGAGCUGGGACGUGAGCCCGCAGGAGGGCAUCCGGCAGCUGGUCAGCCCCGGGGCGGGCAGGAAGGUCAAGUGAGGUGUCUCUGCGCUAGCCUAAAUAGACCGGGCAGUCUGACAAGGGCGGCUUCUGCGUCCACCACCCUCGCCCAGGGAUCUACAAUGCUGUCUUAAGGUCCGACAGGUUCGGCACCGGGCACCGCCUCGGUAUACAAAAUGCGCCUGCGGGCGGACCCU